AUGGGUUCUGUAUCAUCUUAUGAGGACCCCAAGGCCGUGUUGGGAAAUGACAAGUUUGAACAAGACACCCGAAUUGCCGUCAUAGGCGCCGGGGUCAGCGGCAUUGCCACGGCAGGCCACCUACUCAAGCUUGGGGCCAACGUGUCAGUGUUUGAGCGGUCCAGUGUGUCUUCCGGGGUCUGGCACUUUGACUCCCGGGUCACGAACAGCCCUUCAUAUCCUAGCGAGACGCCCUCCGCCGGUGACUACAAGACCUCAAGCCCCGGGCAGUUCUCUCUAGAGAAGCAGAAGCAGAGAGGAAAAUCCGGCAGUCAUCCACUCGACUCUUCGGACCCUACAGAACUUCAGGUGGCCUUCUCACCUCCGGGCCCUUGCUACGCAGGGCUCAAGAACAAUGUCCCCACCACUCUAAUGUACAGCACCCUGGGGCCGUGGCCCGACGGGACUCCGGAUUUCACAGAGCAUGGGAAUCUUGAAAAGUACCUCCAGGGUCUGAGCUCAAAAAGUGGCGUUGACGACGUCACACUGUUCAAUACCCGGGUGGAAGCCGCCAAGAAGUCGGCAGAUGGGAAAACGUGGGAUCUAAGAACGGUCACGCUUCUCAAGGGUGAAGGAGAACCUCGACUAAUUGAAAGGAAUUGGACGUUUGACGCGCUGGUCGUGGCCAGCGGCCACUACAAUCUUCCUCGGGUGCCGACACUGCCAGGACUCUCCGAGUGGAAAGCUUCGUUCCCAUCGCGAGUCAUCCAUUCCAAGGAGUACCGGUAUGCGGAGACCUUUCGGGACAAGAACAUCCUCAUCGUUGGCGGAGGCACAUCUGCAAUGGACGUGUGCCGUGAGACUCAUGAGCACGCCAAAAGCGUGACACAAAGCACUAGAGACGGCGAGUUCGACCUUCCAGCAUCCAUACUGCCCGAAUCUGUGAAGCGAGUAGGCGCCAUCGAUAGCUUCGUCACGACGACGACAGCAACAAACGGAUCUUCUGAACUCGCCCCAAGUGACCAUCUACCCGGAUAUGUCUUGCUGAAAGACGGAACAAAGCUUACCGACAUCGAUCACGUCAUCCUGGCGACAGGAUACAUCAACUCCUAUCCCUUCCUCUCGCAAUUCCACGCCGACAAUACACCAAUCGACGCAGCGACCCGAGAUAUCCUGGUGACGGCGGAGGGCAGCAUGAUCCAUAACCUAUACAAGGACAUAUUCUACACCGAGGACCCGUCUCUAUCAUUCGUCGGCGUCCCCUACUACAGUGCGACGUUUUCCCUGUUCGACUUCCAGGCACAAGUUGUGGCUCGGAUUCUCACUGGAAAGAGCCGCCUUCCCGACUUGGAAGCUCGGAGACAGGAAUACGAUACCAAGGUCGCUACCAAGGGCCGCGGGAGGAAGUUUCACAGCCUGGCGGAAUCUGGUGCCGAGCUCGCAUACGUUGAGGACAUUGUCACCUGGGUCAAUGACAGCGCGGAGGACUCGACCAUUGAACCCGUACCUGGACAUACUGAGGAGUGGAAGCAUAAGUACGAGCUGAUGAAGGAAAAGAUGCGGCAGCUUCGCCAGGGUUCUGCUUCGGCUAGAUUCCCAUGA